UGCAAAUUGGGUCGGCCGCUUUUCUGUGUACAAAAGUUUGCAUAAAAUUUAAAUCAAUUUUGUGAUAAACAUAUAUGAGUUUUGUAUUGGUUUAAUAACUUGCAUCAUUGUUAAAUGUUAGAUUGUGAUAAUUAGCUCGAUCAUAUGUUAAAAAAAGUAAUUAAAAUGAAAAUUAAAUUGGAGUAUUGACCCAAAAUGGCGACAAGUAUGGGUCACUCUUUUUCAUUGUUUUGUUUGUUGUUUUUACUUUCCUUGAUGUGUUUUGUUCAUUGUGGAAAUGCUGGUGGAUUAAAUCUGAAACAGCUACAAGAUGGAGAAAGUUUGACGAAGUUGUAUGCUAUUGAUGGCUAUUUUACGGACCAAGAACAGGAAAAAGUGGAACCGUUUGGGGGAAUAUCCAUUAAAACUGAAGCCAAAAAAUUGGCAGCUACUUUACGAUGGAUAAGCAAUGAAGAAGUUGGAUAUAUAAAGAUGCAGACGUUAUAUGACAAACUGCCAUAUCGAAGUCAACCUGCGGACUAUCGAAAUACACUUAAAGAUAUGACUGAGCGAGUAAAACAGAGGUUCCGAGAUUACCUGCAGAUUGUGAAAACGAACAAAAUCAUUGUGCAGAACUUGUAUCGAUUCCACACGAAACAGCCCAUCACUCGACAGUUUGACUGCUGUCAUUUGAACGCUACUGAUCUCAGGUCCGACAAGGAGUACCGGUGUCAGAUCACGCGACAAACGACCUGUGACCUGCUGCCAUACUACGUGCCCACCGGAUCAUUCAACCCUGGAAGAAACCUCACAGAAGUUUGGAAGAGCAACAUGAAGUUCUUCCCAAGUCUAAAGUGGCAGUACUUCAUUUCCAUCGAUGGAGUACACAACGAGUACCCAGGGAGUACCUUCCAGUGGGGCAACUGUCCGACCAUGCAUGAUGUCAGGCACAGGGAUGUGUAUGUGUCAACACUCCAACCACAGUCGAAGCACGUUGUAAUUCUGAUUGAUCAUGGCAUAUCGCUGAGCCCGUCCCAGAUGCGUACGGCAAAGAGCAUCGCCCGGAAUCUCAUCAUGUCAUUCUCUGAGGAAGAUCGGAUUGCUGUUGUUGGGUUGGCCUCGGACGUUACCUACGCCCGUGAUGACAACUGCGUGAAAAACAGCCUCGUUCCCAUGACGAUGGAAUCCAAAUUCUUCUUCUCACGAUUCAUUGAUAACCUUAUAAAGGAAGAUGUUGCAACGAACCAUUCUCUGGGGUUCCAGCGUGCAUUUAAGAUGAUCGGCUCAUCUCUUCAACAGUUCAAUAAAGAAGAGGGCAUGGUAAUCUACAUCAGUCGCGGCCUGCUGUCUUCUCUGACAGAUGCUAAAGACGUCAUGUCGACCAUCGCCUACUACAACGGCCGAAUGGACAACAGGAUUAUCAUCAACACAUUUGCGGUCAUUGAUAAUGACAAGCCGAUCAUGUACGAGAAGCAGUUCCUACAGGACAUUGCCAUACAGAACUACACCAAGUACAAGGUUAUCUCCCGCAGCAAGUCUCCUGUCAGGGCUGGUAUGAUGGUGGCUGUUAAUGAUACACGGGACCUCAGUCUGAUGGUGGGCCGCUUCUACACCCCAUUCAACAAAACCACGCCCGAGGACGCCAUCUUUUCCUUGCCUUACAUCGACGUAGCUGAUGGAGCUUUGACAAUGAGCAUCAGUAUGGCGUGCCUGAACAACAAGCGGCCAAUCGGGGUUAGCGGUGUGGACCUCCAUAUGGAAGAUCUUGUACAGGAUAUCACAUACUUUAACCAGGCCGAUGAUUCCUAUGCCUUCAUGAUCAACACACAUGGUUACACUAUCAUGCAUCCAACCUUCACUCGACCAGUCAAAACCAACAUCCAGCCCAUGCACACUGACAUCUGGCACUUUGAGAAUGUACCGGGGUUCGAGGAAGUACGAAGCAACAUGUUGCGUCGCCCCGAGGGGGAGCAGACAAUGUAUGUGACGCAAACGUACAACCGAUCAGGAUCACUCGUGUCACAAAACGUUUUCCAUGCCAAUUACAUUUGGAAAAGGGUUGAAGAUACACCAUUCAUUGUGGCCAUCAAGAUUCUGCAGGAGCAGGACUCUGUCAAGCAUCUCGACAACCAUGUGAGCCUACCCAACAUGGUAUACCACAGAAUAGACAUUCUACAGGCCAACCAUCUGUGUAUGCACCUUAAACAACUGGCUACUGUAGAUGCCAGUACAGUGUUCCUGUCAGCCAACAGUUUUGUGCAGCCGUUUGAACACCUUAACCAAGGAGUAAAUAAGCGCAUGGUCCAAAGCUAUGUAGCCUAUCUUUCUGAUGAUACAAGGCUUAUCAGCAAUCCUGGCUUUAAGGAGACAGUCAGGAAUGAUGUAGCAGCCACUGCUGGGAUAGAGAAGGUUUGGAUGCAGAGGUUCAAGGUCAGUGACAUGAGGAACUACGUGGUGCGACGUUACGUGACCACACCCAGUGGUGUGUUCCGGUCCUACCCAGGGGCACUAUUCCAUGAGACGUAUGACCCUACUAAGCAACCAUGGUAUGAGAGAGCCAUGGAAAGUCCGGGCAUGGUAUGCUUGACCGCCCCGUAUCUUGAUGUGGGUGGGGCAGGGUACAUCGUAACCAUCAGUCACUCCGUCUAUGAAGGACACCCUCAGUCCCUGCACAGUACAGCAGACAAGCUUGUCGCAGUUAUGGGUAUGGACGUCACCCUGGGCUACUUCUACAAGAUGGUGCUCGACCACAUCUCCAUUUGUAAGGCCCAUGGUAUGAGGUGUUUUCUCAUCAACGACGAUGGAUACAUGGUCGCCCAUCCAUCGCUUAUUGAGCCCGAUGGUCGAGGGCCAGUAGAGGAACAGCAUGUCACUCAUAAGGAGCCCCUUGUAGCUAAUGACAUCCUCAAUCAUCGACACUUUGUCCACAAGCAGCUAUGUAACCGCUAUAACGACCGCACCAUACAGAGGUUCUACACAUUCAACACAAGCCUGGAUGAAGUGUUGACGAAUCUUGUACAUGGAGAACACUGCGCCAGGUACCAGAUUGUAGCUGUGCCGGGUACCAACCUCUUCCUGGGAAUGAUCAACCAGACCUGUGACAUCGCUUCAGCCUUCUGUCCCUGCAGCAUGGUUGACCGUCUAUGCCUGAAUUGUAACCGUAUGGGCCAGGUGGAGUGUGAGUGUCCGUGUGAAUGUCCUCUAGCCAUGGACUUCUGUAAUGGGGACCUACUCAAGUCAGAGGAUAUGAACCCAAGUUGUUCACGCGCCCUGGAGCGGGAGGAACUAGCGCCAGUUAGCCUGGGGCUUACAACAGGGCUCGGCCAGUGUCAGAACAUCGACUGCGACAGCAAAACCACACAUUUGGAUUGCCUGGGGGUACUUGGAUGUGAGUGGUGCCAGGUUAAGUCUGGAGAGGGCUACACAAAGGAAGGGGUGGAGAUUCAUAAACCUCUGCCUCGCCCAUUUUGUGCCGCCCAGGCGACAUGUUUUGGUGGUGUUGUUGGAGCUCCCACUCCCUAUGGGGACAGGGCUAUUUUAACAAUAGACGCCGAUGAAGAGCCGGAAACCAAGAGCGCGCCUGUGGGUCCCGUCGCUGGCGGAAUCAUGGGCUGUUUUCUCAUGCUAGCCCUGGCUGUGUACUGCUACAGGCAUCGAGUCCACAGAAACUCCCUUCAGUGCAUGGAUACACUGCCAGAAAAUCCGAACAGGAAUUCACAGUUUUACGAGACUGAUGAUAUCGAUCCCAUUGAGGAUAAUAAUGGUCACACCAAUUUUGUGUUGGCGACAUUUGAAAACCCAGCCAGUAUUUCUCCGUACCGGGUAAACACAUCAUACCGUCGCCCCGCAGGUGGCGAUAGCGAUCACGGAUAUAGCACCAUGACGCCGCAUGAUGACAGCGAACACGCUAGCCUUCCGUGUCUCGAACCAUUAAUUGCUGGAAAAGACCGCUAUAAACCUGGCGUCCAUACGCCAUCAAAAACACCAAUAAUACCGCCGCCACCUAGCGUGGCAAGUAGGCGGAGUCGAAGCCCGACCCCUCCUCAAACAAGAAUUUCUGGCUAUCAGCCAAUCAUGGAACAGACUGACCCCUCACAGACUGUUUUAGACAUACAAAGUGAACACCCUCAUAAUAUAUUAGCCAAUGUGCAAGUACACAUGGUUGACUCGCACUGAUUUGUGCUACAGUGCGAGUUAAUAUUAUUUUGUGCCAAUAUAUUUCUAAUUGUACAAAGUUGAGGAUGUUGAAUGUGGGUAAUGAUAUUUUGACAUACAUGUGUAAUACUGCACAGCAUCCCUCAUGACAAGGAUACCUCCGGCGACCUUGAGAAUAAAGUUAUUGAGUUGUUCAUGGAUGUUUAUCAAAUUUGGCCAGACACUUCUGUAAGUGCUGUUUGAGUGUUAGAUUAUAUCAGUUACUGAUUUUAAACUGUGAAGAAUCCAUGGCAUGACAUGGAAUGACAUGGUGGACAUACUUGUAUAUUCAUGUGGAAAUAAGGACAAUUUCUGAGCAUCAGAAUUGUUGUAAAAUUUAACAAGAUUGAUUACAUUCAACAAAAUUUGCAAUCUUGAAUAAUUUUAGAAACUAAAAGAAAUAAGAUUGAACCUCAAUUUAUAUGGCAUCUUGUACUCCAGGGCAUUCACUGAUACACCCUGGCCAGGUAUUUAUUGUUACUGGGUUUUUAUGUACAUGUCACAGUAUGUUUCAUGUUGUGUUACAGAUUUGUUUUGUGAUAAAGUGUUUUGUCUUGCCGAUGUAUAUAUGUGGAUUUCAGGGAGAUCUGACUACAUUCACUUUUUGUUUUAUACCAGGUUAUUUUUUAGUUUGAAAAUGGAAUCAAAAAUGGCAAUUCACAUUUGCUUACAGUUUUUUUCUUUGUCCAAGAAAUCAUCGUUAAUCAUUUACCGGUAAUCAUUAAAAAAACAUACAUUUUAUUAACAGGGUAAUGGUACUGUGUACUAGUGACUUAUCUCAUUGCUUAAUUCCAUCAUUUUGUUGAUAUUAUGUUUCUACUGUAUUUUUGUUAACUUUCAUUUUUUUAUUUAAAUUCUUAAGUGUGAAAUUAAUGGUAAGAUUAAUUGUACUAACAUGAUCUGAAUUUACAUUUAAAUGAUUUCUCACAGUUUCAGAAUUAUAGGGCUUCAUUUUUUUAUCAUCAACAACUUUAUGAGGGUGAUUUCUGUUGGUGUAAGUCUCCAAAUCUCCUACAGUGGGUCGUGGGUUCAAGUCCCAAUAUAUCCUUCUGUGCAGGAUAUCUCUUAGCGGACACCUGUAAUUGUUUCUACCCAGGGAAUGGAAUUUAGCAUGUUAGUAUAUGUUUUGGCUGUUUCUUCCCUAAAAAUGAAAUUGAGCGUGAUUUUAGAUGCUUUAGGCUGUUUCUUCCCUAAAAAUGAAAUUGAGCGUGAUUGUAGACGCUUUAGGCUGUUUCUUCCCUAAAAUUGAUAUUGAGCGUGAUUGUAUACGCUAUAGUCAAUGGGCUGUUUCUUCCCUAAAAAAUGAAAUUGAGCAUGAUUGUAGACGUUUUCAGCUGUUCCUUCCCUAAAAAAUGAAAUUUAGUGUGAUUGUAUUCGCUAUGAGCUUUUGUCACAAGUUAAAAUUUUGUAAAAGAAACUUCAUAACAACUUCUGUAUAAUUACCCUUAUAAAGUUGUUGCAUCAUUUUUAAUCACUUUUCCAGGAAGCAAAAAACCCAAUUACCUCAUUUUCCCAUGCAAAUGGUGAUUUGUCUCUUAUAUUUUGUUGUGUGUAUGUUUUAAAAGACUUAGCCCCGAUUUCUCAAAUAGCUUAAUUUUAAUAGCUAAAUAUUUUAGCAUUCACUAAUCAUUUAAUAUUUUUGGAAUAUUGCUUAAACUUGAUUUUACAAAACAAAAAUUUGUUGAUCGUGACAAUCUUUUACAUAAUUUAUGUAAUAUAAUACUUUCCUUUAAAGGGGAAAAUUACAAAAAUUUAUACCAAAACAAAAAAGUGUAUCGCUUGAUCCCGUUAUAAGGACCGCAAGGUUGUUCGAGAAAUUGGGGCCUGGUGUUUGUUUGCAUUGAGAAGCAACUCAUUAGUUUGUAAUGAUAAUGUAAAUGGCUUCAAUACUUGUAAAGGUAUUCUAAAUUUUGUUAAAAUACCAUGAUAUGAUCUUAUUUAUGUUUUAUAAAACUGAACAAAAUAAUGAGUAUUUUACAUUUGAUUGUAAAUGGCUUCAAAACUUAUAAAAGUAUAAACUUCUUAACAUAUUUUAAUUUUGUUAAAUAAGCAUGAUAUGAUCUUAUUUGUGUUUCAUAAAACUGAACAAAAAUAUGAGUAUUUUACAUUUGAUUUGGUUGUACAUGUAUAUGUAAAAGUAUUUUAUUCUGUUAAAUAUUAUUUCAAGAGAAUAGAUCUGAAUUUUAUUGUUUUAGUGAUAAAUUCUAAUGUUUAAAAUAAGCAAAAGAGUUAAUGUAUAACAUUUAUAUAACAUAUUUACAUCCUUUUGCUUGUCUAGAUUUUUAUGGUUCUUUAUGGGUUAUAUUUUGGCAUUAUGCAAAAGGAUUUGUUAAGAGAUUGCUAAAGUUAACAACGCUGUUGCUGAUAAUUGGUCGACUGUGCAGAACUUUGCUAAAGUUAACAACGCUGUUGCUGAUAAUUGGUCGACUGUGCAGAACUUCUUAAAGUUAACAACGCUGUUGCUGAUAAUUGGUCGACUGUGCAGAACUUUGUUGAAGUUAACAACGCUCGCGCUGAUAUUGGGCCGAUUGUUCAGAACUUUGUUGAAGUUAACAACGCUUUUAAUGGCAUUGUUGUUAACUGUAAAAGGUGUUAUGAUGUGCUAAUAUACUUGCAUACAACAAGUACAGAUGAAACAGCUUUGUCAGAUCUUGUUAAAAAACUGCGGGUCACAAGUGUAUCCUUAAAAUUUCCAGUGCUGUAACAAUUUUUCAGUUAACAACGAAGACAUUAACAACAUUGAUAACUUUAACAAAGUUCUGAACAAUCGGUCCAUUGUUGUUAACUUCUAUGCCUUGACUGCAAUGGAAUUUUCAUAUAUACACAUGUGAUCAGCAGUAUUUCCAACAUGAUUUUAGACAAUUGUUUUAGCUGUACUUGUUUAAAAUAUAUCAGCACAUCUAAUAAGAUUUCAUUUUAAAAGUUAACGAAGAUGUCAUUAAUCUUGUUGUUAACUUUAACAAAGUUCUGAACAUCAGCACAUUAUUUAUGAGGAAACAAUGGGUAUAAAUGAUGAUCAAAUUUGCUCAUUUAUUUGUAAAUUUCGUAGGGGCAUCAUAGAUACAUUAAAACAUCUGUGUCAUAUGUAAUGUAGUAGAUAUUUGGUCAAGUCCAGUUUUUUAAAGGGUGUAGAAAUAUUUUGUGUAAGUAAAUUGUGACUUAAUCUUAAUUUAAGGAAACUUGAUUGUUGUUUCACCAUGUUUUGGCAACUUCUGCCUCGUACUAUUUGUGAAAUGUUGGCUUAAUUUUAAUUGUGGUACAGAAAGAUUUAAUCUUACAUUUCAGUUUCAAUCAACUCUGCAAUAGUUUUGUUCGACUUUUUUCAGCUGAAACAACAACAGUUUAACAUAUAUUAGAUUUUGUACAUGUAGUUUUCUACGUCUGAUUUAAAGCCAAAGCACUUAUGAUCACAGAUUAAAGUUAACUUUCAGCAAAGCUGAGCCUUAUAUUUGAGUGCUAUUUUUUACUUAUUGUGCAUAGCAUUUUGUAAAUAUUGACUGUUCUGCUGCAGUGAAUAGUAUUUAAUUUAUUGUAUCAAACGCAAUACUUAGUAGUCUUACUCUGUCAAACAGUGUUUUGAUUUACCAAAUAGUAAGAUGACAUGAAGUAAAUUCUAAAUGGAUAAGAAUGGGCGGAUUGAGCCCUUCUUAUUCAUUCAGAAAUCACUUCAGGUAAUCUUACUGACUUAGAAUACAACCUCAUUGGCUGAUUCAUCGACAAAGCAAAAUCUGACGUAGGUAGUGUUUAUUGGAUGAGUGGCAGUAGGCGGACCUUUAAUCACCCCAAAUAGUGAAAUUCUUAAUGAUAAAGUCUUGUACUUAAUGAUUGCCUAUCUGCAAUUUCAUUGGCUUUAAAUGUAGGUUGUAUUCUAAAUUUAAUUUUGACCUACCUAAAUGUGAAUCCUCUGUUCAUUUUUUUAAAUCAGAACAUUAAUUUAUCUCUAACACUGUGUAAAAUAAUUCUGUUUGGAUCUGUGUUUAAAAUAUUUGUAUAAAAAAGCAACAUUUUACUUAACCCACAAUCGUGAUCACAAUGUCAAAACUGUAAAAAAAAAAAUCUCUUUUGAUUGUAUAUUUAUUAAAAAAAUAGCUUGAUGUCUUUGUUCUUCAAAAAUCUUAACCUUGGACAUUAAAGAUAUUCAAAUGAAACUUGUAACACAUGUUGCCAGUGACAAUACGCCUAUGUUAAGCAAGACCAAUAGCUCUGGCUUAAAUGACCCUUUCGUAAUCGAAUGGAAAACGCAAGCGAAAAGCUUUGGUGUAGCUUUAUGGGGCUAUUAUUCUACAGUUACAUGUCACUUGUAAAGAAAAUCAAAAAAAUCUGUAUUGUUCUAUGUUAAAGACUUUGUCUGAAAACAACAACACUUUGAUUAACUCAGUUAAUCCAUAUGUUACGGUUAAAAAACUUAAAUUCCUAUACUUUUACAGUAUAUUAUAAAAAAAAAACAUUUUGCAUAUUUUUUCCAACUUUUUAAUAUUGUUAUAGAUUGAUUUUAAUAUCGUUACAGAUUGAUUCUUUUUAAAGUGUUGUGACUUUUAUUUUUUUUAUGUUCAUAAACAUGCUGUUCUUUUAUUUUACUUUUAUCAAUUGUAUAAAAAGAGUUAUUACAUUAAAAUCAUUUUGCAAUAUCACCAUGUUCUUCCCACUUUAACCAUAUUUGUUGUUGUGAUGCAGAUUAUUUAUAUAUAUAUAUAUAUUAUGCACACUUUGUUCCUUGAGGGAACGGAGCCCUGAUGUGUAUCUGGUCGUUCCUUGAAGGAACAAAAGCCUUGAUGUGUAUCUGGUUGUUCCUUGAGGGAACGGAGCCCUGAUGUGUAUCUGGUUGUUCCUUGAAGGAACAAAAGCCUUGAUGUGUAUCUGGUUGUUCCUUGAGGGAAUGUCAAGCCUUGAUGUGUAUCUGGUUGCUCCUUGAGGGAUCGAAGCCCUGAUGUGUAUCUGGUUGUUCCUUGAAGGAACAAAAGCCUUGAUGUGUAUCUGGUUGUUCCUUGAGGGAAUGUCAAGCCUUGAUGUGUAUCUGGUUGUUCCUUGGGGGAACAUCAAGCCAUGAUGUGUAUCUGGUUGUUCCUUGAGGGAACUAAGCCUUGGUGUGUAUCUGGUUGUUCCUAGAGGGAAUAAAGCCUUGAUGUGUACCUGGUUGUUCCUUGAGGGAAUGUCAAGCCUUGAUGUGUAUCUGGUUGUUCCUUGAGGGAACAACGACUUGAUGUGUAUCUGGUUGUUCCUUGAGGGAAUGUCAAGCCUUGAUGUGUAUCUGGUUGUUCCUUGAGGGAACAAAGACUUGAUGUGUAUCUGGUUGUUCCUUGAGGGAAUGUCAAGCCUUGAUGUGUAUCUGGUUGUUCCUUGAGGGAACAAAGACUUGAUGUGUAUCUGGUUGUUCCUUGAGGGAAUGUCAAGCCUUGAUGUGUAUCUGGUUGUUCCUUGGGGGAACAAAAGCCUUGAUGUGUAUCUGGUUGUUCCUUGAGGGAAUGUCAAGCCUUGAUGUGUAUCUGGUUGUUCCUUGGGGGAAUGUCAAGCCUUGAUGUGUAUCUGCUUGUUCCUUGAGGGAAUAAAGCCUUGAUGUGUAUCUGGUUGUUCCUUGAGGGAAUAUCAAGCCUUGAUGUGUAUCUGGUGGUUCCUUGAGGGAAUAAAGCCUUGAUGUGUAUCUGGUUGUUCCUUGAGGGAAUGUCAAGCCUUGAUGUGUAUCUGGUUGUUCCUUGAGGGAACAAAGACUUGAUGUGUAUCUGGUUGUUCCUUGAGGGAAUGUCAAGCCUUGAUUUGUAUCUGGUUGCUCCUUGAGGGAACAAAGACUUGAUGUGUAUCUGGUUGUUCCUUGAGGGAAUGUCAAGCCUUGAUGUGUAUAUGGUUGUUCCUUGAGGGAACAAAGACUUGAUGUGUAUCUGGUUGUUCCUUGAAGGAAUGUCAAGCCUUGAUGUGUAUCUGGUUGUUCCUUGAGGGAACAAAGAAUUGUUGUGUAUCUGGUUGUUCCUUGAGGGAAUGUCAAGCCUUGAUAUAUAUCUGGUAUUUGUAAGUACAUGUACCAUUUAAAUUUGAAAAAUAAAAGGUAUAUCAAUAUUG